AUGUUAACAGUGAAGAGCCUCACCGUCAACUACAACCCCGCAAAUAAUGAACAAAACACCUUUACUAGUGGCGACUGUGUUUCAGGUGAGGUCACGCUAGAAGUGACCAAAGAACAUACCAAGUGUCUAUCAAUUCAGUUCAAGGGGAAAGCAGAUGUGAUGUGGAGCGAGCGUCACGGACAAACUACUGUCGUCUACCACUCCAAGGACAAGUACUUCAGCAUCAAACACUUCUUCGUCGGAGAAAAAAAAGAUAACGGAGGGGACAAUGAAACACUUCUGACAAACAACAUUGGGAAAACAUACGUCAAUGUUGUUGCUCCAGGAUGCCAUAUUUACCCAUUCACCUUUCAGAUCCCUUUCCAGGAUAUGCCUUCCUCCUUCAAAGGCUCCUGUGGUAAAAUCUUGUACUCGCUGAAUGCCAAGCUGAGCAGAUCAGUGAGGGCUCCAACUACAGAUUCAAUCAACAUCAACUAUGUUACGAAUGCAGACCUGAACCGUGACCCUGGGCUGAUGGAACCACAGCAUGAGUCUAAGGAUAAGAAAAUGAAGUUUUUCAACUCAGGAACAGUAGCCAUGGAUGUGAAUCUUGAAAAGACAGGUUUCUUCCAAGGAGAAGGACUAAAGGUUAUGGCCUGCAUUCAAAACAACUCAUCUCGCGAGAUCAAGCCCAAGUACUGUGUAUACAGAGAGCAUAGCUUCUUUGCACAAGGAAACAGAAGAGUUUCAACUAAAGACUUGUAUAAAGAGGUGGGAGAGCCCAUCGCUCCGUCUUCUAACCAAAAUGUCACAAGAGUCCUCUCCAUCCCACUCGAUGUGGAGCCGUCCAUCCUCAACUGCAGCAUCCUCAAAGCAGAGCACAGACUCAGGGUCUACCUUGAUGUCAAAUAUGCUUCAGACCCAGUGAUCAAAUUCCCCAUAGUCAUCCUGCCGGCCCCUAAGGUUCCUGGUGUGGAGGCGCCCCCACUCGCUGCUUCUGGUUUUGGAUUUGAACCAUUUGGAAACACCUACCCACCAGCCUGGGGAAUGGUCCCUCCACAACCACCAUCAGCACCCCAACUCUCAGAUCCCCAACCCUCAGACCCCCCUCCUGCCUAUGGAACAAGUGGAACCUACCCUUCUUUGAUGGAUUCAGGCAAUAAAUACUAGGGAUUGGACCGUGAAGAAGCGUGGACAUUUAAAGGAAAAUGAAA